AUGACGCGAACUAGCACUCAACAAACCCGAGUAGAACAAGAGACUAGAGACCUCGAAGAUGAAGAGCUCUCCAUUCCCAUCUACUCACCACAACCCUUCCGUCCUCUAGGUCGCCGCGACUCUGGUCUGUGGCCCGACCUUGGACAACAGAACAACUGGAUCGACGAAAGCCGACGACGUAGCGCGGUGUUGACCACGAGAUUCCAGCGGUUGAUGGAAUCACCGCCGGCCUCGACCUUGGUUCAGCGUGCGCGAGGUGCCCUGACAACCUCCCGUCUUGGCAGAUUGACCUCUCGCCGUCUGACUUUCUCGCAAGAAGAUUCCGACGCAGCUCUCGUCGCAGGUGGAGGUGGUAGUAGCGGCACUGCCGGUGCGACCACGACCUCUACUUCUCGCAAGAAAUCCAAGUCGAAAUCAAAACCCAAGCCUGACUCUGAGCCGGAUCCUCCGAUGACGACGAUAACGGCACUCCACCUGAUCCAGAGAAUCAACUUGGAAAGCCAGGACCCGGUGGUCCCGGUGGUCCAGGUGGUCCCGGUGGUCCAGGUGGAUGGCCGUACCCUCACCGUUGUACUGCAAGUUCCAAGUGGACCUCAUCAAGCUCGCCUAUGGGAUAAUGAGAAGCGCCAUACUCUCAGUGAUGAUGUUAGACAGACCCUUGUUAGAGCUGCCACAGCCCCUAUUCUGGGAAAGCAUGUCAAACUUGCCAAACAGUCCCUCCAUACUGAUGUCCAUGGCAUAAUUGAGCAAGUCCAGAAUCUAAAGGGCAUGCUCAAGACUCUCAGGAUGCACAUGGAGAAAUAUGACAUCAUUGAUGUUGGCAACAUUAUGACUCCUGCAACUAAUUUUGCCUACACUCCAAUGAUUGAGCAGCAGUAUGAUAUCCUCUCAGACUAUGCCAAGAUGACUCCCACAUGGUGGGAGAAUCCAACUACUUUUACAACCGAGCGGGCGAGAGGUCAUAGGUCUCAAGGCAUUUAUUCCAAAUGGGAUUCUUCGGUGUUGGCCUUGAGAAGAGAGUACACGAGGGUCAUGUUCUCUCGUACAUAG